UAGUGGUUCGAGUGGCUGACGCCAGACCGAAGCCGGCCCGACCACUUCGAAUCCUCCUAGAUAACCGGACGGCAAUUUCCACCAUCACCAUGAUUCAUUGCCAACAACCGCGGGAAAGAUAUUCUAACAACCAUUUUCUACGAGUAGCCGAAUACCCUAGUAGUUCAUGUCUACCCGACGGUCAGGUAGACAUGAAUACAAUGAUAUUUCUUAUCGCUAACCGCAGUCUCUGCGCCGAAGUCCGUCGUCAUUGAUGAUGAGCAACUUAGCAAGGCAAAAUGAAAUUCCUCUGUCUACAUGGAUAUCAGCAAUCGGCUGCGAUCAUGCAGUCUGAGACACCAUUCCUCAAACACAUCUUCGAGCAUGCAUUGGGGGAAGAAGUGAGGCUAUACUAUCCCUCAGGUCCAUUCCCCUCUACCCCAACAGCAUCGAAUGAGCCAACAUAUGCGUGGUGGCCAGAGAAUUCGAGUUCAACCGACAUUCACACUUUCCGCUAUCUCUCGGAUAUUCUGGAUGAAGAAGGGCCCUUCGAUGGCAUCAUCGGUUUCUCUCAGGGUGGAAGUGUGGGCUCUUUGAUCGCGGCACUCCUAGAAAGGCCAAAGUUCGCACGCCCCGCGAACUUCACAACGCGCCACGGUCCGCUACAGUUAGUCAUCUCAUAUAGCGGCUAUCAUGAAGACGAUGAGCGAUUGCAAAAAUACUACACUCAGAAAAUCAAAACGCCUAUAUUUCAUUUCAUCAGUUCGACCGACCCUGUGAUGGCAGAGGAGCGAUGCUUCCGUUUAGUCAGGCGAUGCGAAGAUCCCGACGACAAAGUGGUUGUUUACACCGGCUCAGGCUUUCAUCGAGUUCCCACGACUAAGAUUACAUCACAAGCAUUGUCGCGAUUCUUGGUUGAAGUGUUUGGGUAGUGGAGGAGAUGUUCAAGUAGAGGUGUAUGAGACACGCAGUCUCGUGUAAUCUGCCUCGCAGCUAGUUUGACAAUCAAUACAUUGCCUUUUCGAUAUAA